AUGGGCCGUCAAUGGAGGCGACUGUUCCGCAAUGAAGGAGGGCCGCUGUUGCAAGAGACGCGGAGUGUGUCGGACGUGAUACGGGAAGUGAAGAGUCCCUUGUUGGAGUCACGUACGCGACCCGCCGUCUGUCGAUGCGCUCACAUCGGGCCGCGAGUUAUCGUCGGUCAUCGAGCGGCAACGUUGGCGUGCAUCCAACUGCAGAUGCGCACCGCCUUGGCUGUUGCCGAAACGCUCUUCGGUACACUCGAGUGUAGGGGCGAGGGCUCCUCGGACACCGGGGUGCUCACGGUGCUUCCAACGACACAGAGGGGGCACAACGGUACGACCAAAGUUUGCUGGUCUCUCACAUCACGCGGGACGAUCGGCGCGUCACAGGCCGGUGCGGUAGAGCGACUAGGCGGGACACGUGUGCUCUCGGCGGUAGACCGCGGACAACAGCAGAUAAGGCGCGAGGGAGCGGCACUUCUCCCCCCACCUAUGACACGACCGCUACACGCUGGCGGCGCGGCGAGACUGACGGGCUGCCGCGGCGUCAACGGAGGCGGGCAUCAUCUCAACCCCUCGUUGUUCGCACGCCGUCGCCACUUUUUACCCACCCCGUUGGAGAAGAAAAAAAAAAACAAAACAAGGCACAUCUCCCAUAAGGAUAGUAGUCGGAGCCAACCAAGCCGCUUUUUACUAAACGCCAGG